AUGGUGGGACGACUGCGAGUCCUCGUAGUAGGGGCAUCGAUAGCCGGCCCAGCAACGGCGUAUUGGCUUGCAAGAGCAGGUGCUGAAGUUACGGUCAUUGAACGAUUUGCUGGCAUUCGAAAGGGAGGGCAAGCCGUGGAUAUUCGUGGCUGUGGUGUAACGGUGAUGCGGCGUAUGCCUGGGAUGGAAGAGCUUGUGCGUGCGAAGCCGACUGGAGAAGAGGGUGUAGGCAUUGUUCGCAAUGACGGACGGCCAUAUGGGAUCAUUCGGGCAACUGGCAACCCGGACCAACAGUCUCUUGUUUCUGAAUUCGAGAUCUUCAGGGGUGACCUUUCGACCAUCUUGCACGAUCUCACGAGGAGAUAUCAGAGGAUCAGUUACAUAUUCGAUGAAGAGAUCGUCUCCAUAAACCAGCAAGCCUCCGAAGGACCUGUUCAAGUCGACUUCGCCAGCGGGAGACAAAGCGCAACCUUCGAUCUCGUUGUUGCUGCGGACGGUGCAACAUCGAGAACACGCGCCAUCGGCCUCCAGUGUGGCGUACGCGACCACAUACAUCCGACGAAUACCUGGGCAGCAUACUUCUCCACGAAGAAAGACUAUCUCGGUGGAAGCAAAGUCGGCCUCGGGUAUAGUGCACCCGGAGGUCGAUUCACCACCGCAGGGUCCAAAAGCUCAGGAGGAGGACAUGCCAUGAUGAUGAGUCGAGGCACCGCGGCGGCCUUUCGACAAGCAGCCGAGCAAGGCAGCGAGCGAGAGUUCGUCGCUGAGCAUUACGUGGACGCUGGUUGGAUCAGCAACGAACUGGUCGAAGAGCUGAAGACGGCCGAAGACUUCUACGCCAGCGAGAUCGUCCAGGUCAAAGUCCCACAGCUACACAAAGGCCGCUUCGUCCUCGUCGGAGACGCUGGUUACGCGGUUGGACCAACAGGUUUCGGUACGAGCAUCGCUCUCGCGGGUGCUUAUAUCUUAGCAGGCGAGAUCAAGAAACAUGCUGGUGAUGUUGACGCCGCCCUGGAAGCUUAUGAGGGUCAGAUGCGGCCUUUGAUCAGGGAGAUGCAGAAGAUCCCGCCGAUUCUGGGGUCCAUCGUGGCGCCGCAGUCAGCGUGGGUGAUAUGGGUUAGGAAUUGCAUCUUUGCUUUGGUGGCUUGGAGUGGUAUUGCGGAGUAUUUGCAGCGGUUCUUUGCUGGUGCUUUUGAAGAUUCGAAGGAGUUUCCGUUGCCCGAGUAUGAAUGGAACUAG